UGACCCGCAUGGAGACAGACGCUACAGGUCCUUCCCGUCUGAAUGAAUAGAGAAAAACGGGGUCACGUUCAUAUUUAGGAGGGAUUUACAUGUGAAGUUGUGGCAAACAUUCACUCUUAAAACUCAAUGCUUCUCUCGAAAGAUGAUAAGACAAUGUAAAAGUGGCAUCAUUGUGGGGAAAUUAUUAGUGAUCUUUUAUUUACAUAUAAACAAAAAAUGGCACGCUCAAAAUUAUUCAUACCUUUGCACACCGCCAAUCUAUGGAAAAAAUCCGAUCUAUACCACUCCAAAUAUAUCCAAGGAUUGAAGUACCACCAUUCUCACAAACCUAGGCUCUGCUGGUGGCAGCAACUCAAGGCAGACAGUGCAACAGACCUCAGGCCACUGAGUCCCAUAGAACACCACUUUUUAAAAUAAAGCACACAAAAGCCCGUUUGGCCUUUGCAAAUGCUCAUCUUGACAAAGAUGAGCAUUCGCUGCUUGAAUAAAAGUAAUUUUAAGUCACAAUCUGCCACGGUUAUGAAUAAUUAUGGGCUGGACUCUAUAUAUAAUAAAACAAAACAUUAUCUGGGAGAAGAAAUUUAACCUAAGACUGUAAUUUUAAAUACAUUUUAGAAAAAUAUCACGAAGAUGUUUUUCAAUACUCAUGUAAAAAAACUUUUUUGUAUUAGACUUUCGUUAUGUCCACAAAAACUUUUAUUGUAAUAUACAUUCUAUUCAGAAAAGUGCAUAGUGCAAACAAAGUGCAAGUGUCCUAAAUAUUAUAUCAUAAUUAUAAAAGGCAGUGUCCGUGGAUCACGACAAUUAUUAUAAACAAAGAUCGACGUUAUUAUUUGGGGCGUGUUUCUCCUUUAAAGAAGUUCACGAGCUGAUCCCGCCCCUUUCUUACCACGUCCUCUCCCAUUGGUCAACUGCUGCGGCAAGGGUGCACGUGCGCCUCCGCGCAUUUCAAGAUCAAGAUGGCAGCCUCCGUGUGUCGGUGCUACGAGCUGCUCGGCAGACGGGCUUUGGCCUUUACUACCCGGUCUUGGGUCUGUGCUGCAUCAAGAGGAGAUUCCGUUCUGUUACACAGGAGCCCAGCAGCAACUGCACAGGUGCGAUAUGCUUCGGGACGUAAAGGUUUUCUGGGGGAGUUUGUGGAUAACCUGCGUCAGGAAUUCAGUAAGAAUCAAGAGAUGAAAGACAACAUAAAGAGGUUCAGAGAAGAAGCCAAGAGGCUCGAGGAGUCGGACGCCCUCCAACAGGCUCGCAGGAAAUAUAAAUCCAUAGAAGAAAGCACAUCAAAGACUUCAGAUGUGUUUAAGAAGACCAUAGGUUCCCUGUCAGAGGCUGUGAAGGAGGGUCUUGAGGAGGUGAGUCGUACUGACAUUGGGAAGAAGCUCAAGGAAGGUGUGGAGGAGGCAGCCAAAACAGCCAUGCACUCUGCAGAGUCGGUCUCCAAAGGGGGAGAGAAACUGGGCCGGACCAACGCGUUCAAAGCCAUCUCGCAGGGUGUAGAAACCAUGAAGAGGGAGAUAGAUAUUGGCGAUAAUGGCCCGUACAGAGCUCCAUCCCAGUUGAGGAAGAGAAGCAAUUUCUCCUCUAAAGAUGAGGGAAGCAGAGUGUUUGUGGCCAAUGAGGACGCCAUGGGUGUGGUUCUCCACAAGGACUCAAAGUGGUACCAGCAGUGGAGGGACUUCAAGGACAACAACACUGUUUUUAACAGAUUCUUUGAGAUGAAGAUGAAGUAUGAUGAAAGCGAUAACGCCCUCAUCAGAGCAUCCAGGGCCGUGACUGACCGAGUCACUGAUCUUCUAGGUGGUCUUUUCUCAAAGACUGAGAUGUCCGAGGUGCUGACAGAGAUCCUGAAGGCAGACCCCACCUUUGACAAAGACUCUUUUCUCAAACAAUGUGAGAAAGAUAUCAUCCCUAAUAUACUAGAGGCUAUGAUCCGUGGAGAACUGGAUGUUUUAAAAGAUUGGUGUUACGAAGCUACAUACAGUCAGCUGGCGAAUCCCAUCCAACAGGCUAGGGCACUUGGGCUGCUCUUCCAGUCCAAAAUCUUGGACAUUGAUAAUAUAGAUCUGGCAAUGGGGAAAAUGAUGGACCAGGGCCCAGUGCUGAUCAUCACCUUCCAGGCUCAGGUCGUCAUGGUGAUCCGCAGCCCCAAAGGAGACGUUGUGGAGGGAGAUCCGGAGAAGGUGAUGAGGAUGAUGUAUGUUUGGGCGCUGUGUCGUGACCAAGAGGAGCUGAACCCCAACGCAGCCUGGAGACUGCUGGACAUCUCUGCCUCCAGCACCGAGCAGGUGCUCUAGGAGGAGGAGAAGGAGGAAGGAGGAAGACGACAACAGGUGAACAGAACCUGAAAACAGGAGGAGGAUGUGCCUGGAAGAGCUGCACGCACUGACUCACCUAUAAUUACACAAACAAAUGAGGAAACGCUGCUGUUACACCAGUACGCUGUCUUCAUUAGUAUACUGUAUGUGUGUGUAGGCCACUGACUCAGUACUUAAGCUUCCAGGGGCUAAAUGAGAACAGAGCAUUUAUAUCAAGUGUGCAAUAGUUGGAACCACCUCAUGCUCUUUUACUUCAUAGCACAGCAACAAAAGGUCUAAUUCCUCAUCAAAUAAUGUGCCCAGAAAAUUGAAUUGGCCGUUGUCCUGGAACCUUGUUGCAGUAAUGACUGAGAUGAAGUUCUGCUAAUAUGCUAAUGUGGUCGGGGACUGUCUCUGUCAUUUGUACUGUAGCUUAGGAUUCUGCAUGAAAACCUGAGAAACCAUCAGCUGCACAUGAAUGCGUUUCCAACUGUAGUGUGUGUUCUCGGGUUGGAGCGAGUUGUGUUCUCAUUCCUUCACUUCCUGUCUGCUCUUGAACUAUCACUGUAUCUAAAUCAAAACUUGUAAAUACUGUAAAUCAAAUGUCCGGUACUGCUUCUUGCUGGGACCAAAUGUCAUAGCGGUUUUAUUGUUUGAGCAUCAUUUGUCUUCUCAUAUUUCAUUUUUUUCAGUUGUUCGUCUUGCUAAACACUUAUGUUUACAUUUGUGUAUGUGACUCCUGGUGCCAAGUUGGAACAAGUGAGGUUCCUGAAUAUGUGUGCUGACUGUUUUUUGAUAUUUAUGCCAUGCGACAGUUCGCGUAUUUACUCACAGGACACAUGAAGGUUGAGCAUGAUGUGAGUGAACCAUGACCUUGUGUAGGGUAAUAAAACAGCGUCCGUGCUUCCAAAGAAGAGCUGAGCUCCUCAGCACACGUGACAUCAGUGGCUCGUUACCAGUUACUGCUGGUCACAGCGCUCUCAUCGUCGUGCUCAUGCGUCCUUGGUGUGUGCUGAUGACGUAUGAGCUCCUAUAGGGUUGUAUGAUGAAGACAGAAUCAUUCCACGACCAAUUAUGAGUUUUGCUUCAGCAAAGGAAACGUAGCAAUUAGGACACUUUCACAACACAUUGAAUGUAAAUUCUGAACAACAGAGGACCGGGUGUUAAAUAAGAUCAGAUUCUUCUUCUGCAAUAAUACCAGUUUUACUUCUCUGGUAAAAUGUUUUGGUCUCCAGACAAUAAAUAUAAUGAUAAUAAAA